AUGCUGGAUACUGGAGUUUCUGCUAGUGUUCAAAUAGCAAACGAUUCAACACCGCGUCCUCGAUGGCCCAGAAAAUGGACAACAUUAGGUGGUCGUGCCACAAUCAGCAACGUUGUUUAUGAUCCGUCUAAUUUUGAUGAAUUAUCAAAUGGUCAUUCAUAUUCAAAAACAAACGGUAACGGUAAAGUAAAUGGUUCUGCUCCUUUUACGUCCCAGCAUCAUCCUUCAUUAUGGCGCAAAGCAUCUACCAUAAGCCGCACAACCACAAAUGAUAAAGAUCAAAAAGUAAAUGGAAAUGGUAUUGAUGAUCAUCUUGGAAGCGGAACCUCGUCACUGAAAAAAUCUCGUUCAUUAAUGAAUGUAUUGCGGUCAAAACUAAAUUCACCAGCUGUUCUAAGACGUUUUCGUACAAAAAGUCGUGAAAGUGUUAAAUAUACAAUACAACAUUUACCUCAUCAACAACAACACGAUGGCAAUGAUUUUGAUUACACUGAUCACGUUGCACCAACAAAAGAAGAUAAUAAUAACACUACAGAUCGUUCAAAACAACAACAGCAGCAGCAACGUCUGUUAAUUAAUGAAAUUAAGCAAAAAUCGUCGUCAUUACCAAAAUCAAAGUGUACAUCUAGUUACGCAACAACAGGAACAGGGAAAAAGAAAAAACCAUCACUACCAACAGCAGAUGAUCCACCUAACAAUAAUGGUAAUGAAAAACCACAACACAAAACAAGAGAACGUUCAAGAAUAAGAGAUCCAUCACCAAUGAGAAGAUUUGCCAAUCGUAUAGUCCAAAUAACAACAGGAAAACAAUCAUCGGAAAACAAUCAUAAUAAAGAGAAAAAAGAUAAAGAUAAGCGAAAAAGUGUUUCACCAUCAGCAAAAUCCUCUUGUUCAACGACAACGAAAUCGAUCGAUGGUUCAAGAGAAGGCACAAUAGAAAAAGGUCAUGUUGAUAAUAAUCAUAAACAGGCAUCAACAAGUGAAGUUAUCGAAAAUAUAAAUGCUCGAUAUGACGAAAUUCGUGCACGAUAUGGUAUAUCAGCAAAUGCUAAACGCAUCGCGACUACAUCAAUUGCUAUCAAUGAUCAUCCAUAUGCUUCACCUAGAAAAGAUGAUGUAGAUAAAUUAAGUCCAGCUCAGCGAUUAAAAGAAAUAUUAGGUCAAGAACCACCAAUGAAUGAUCUCGAUACAAUAUUUAAUCCUUCUAGUCUGCUAUCUGAUAUCUCAGAACCAUUAGAUAAAAUAAAUAAACAAAAUUCAAAAAUACUCAAUGAUACUGAUUCUCUUGUUGUUAAUCGUUCGCUAUCAACAAUAUCUAUGAAUGGAAGUAUGAGAAGUACAAUGACAAUUGACAAUUCCUUUCAUCCACAAUAUACAAAAUUAAUUUUAACCGACACAGAUCCAUUAUCAGUGGCUAGAAAACAAUCGAACAUUAAAUUGAAUUGUAUGCUAAGUGGAUACGGAUUUCAAAAUCCAUUUUCACAACAAAAUAAAGAUCAUGAUCUAUUUAAAUUUCAUCAUUAUCAUGACGUUGGCACAAUCAAAUAUGAUUUUGGAAAUAGAGACUCACUAAGAAAAACAAUGUUCACAAGAAUAAGACCAUUGAGUAGAAGUAUCGAUAGUGUUAAAAACAUACAAGAACAACAAAAUAUGUUACCAACUACAAUUACACAAGUUAACAAAGACUAUGAACAGAAAGAAUCUGAAACAAUUGAUCAUUAUCAAUUACCAAUCGAAACUCUUCAUUCUGUUGAAUCAAAUGUCGAUACUAUAUAUAAAAAUGAGAACGCCUGUUUAGACCUAGACGAUGAUGUUGAGAAUGUGACUCUAUUGAAUAUCCCGUUGAAAAGUAAUUCACAACAUGAUGUUUAUCGUCUUGCGUUCGAAGAUGAAAAAUCAGACGAAAUAUUAAAUGAACUUAAAAUAGUUGAACCUGAUUUUGAUCAAUCAGUAGAAGAGAAUAAUAAGAAUAAUGUUAUUCGAGAAGUAGCUGAAAUAAUUAAUAAUAUUAUGUCAGAUUCGGAGGAAAACAAUAGUCCCACAGCUUCAAAUAAAAUUAAAGUUACAUGUCAUAUUGGAACAGAGUCAUCAGACAAGAAUUUACCAAUAGUAAAUCAACCAACAGUUAAAGUAACAUCAUAUGUUAAUAAUAAUCGAUCAAAUGAUUCUGAUAAACAACAAUCACCAUCACCGGUCGUAUCAUCUCCUACAUCAUCUAAUUAUGAUGAAUUAAUGUUAAAUUUUCAAAAUUUAAAUAUUACUGAGACAAACCAUCAUCAAGAAAACUAUGACAACAAUGUAGAUGAUAUUGAUAAAAAUCUAGCUGAAGCGGUUGAACGUGCUCUAACUGUAGCACGAGAUUUUUCAAUAGAAACUCAACAAGAUAAUGAUAACGAAAAUAUAAUGAAUAGAAGUCUGAUAGAAAUGACAGAAAGAGCAAUCUCAUCAACGAUGAAAUUAAAUAUGAAUGAUGACUUUGAAGAUCCAAGUAGUCAUUAUGAAGUACCAAAUAAUAAUGAAUUAUUGUCCAAUGUGAAUAAUAAUGAUCAAAUUAAUUCUAAUUUUAAUCGUCAAAUUGAAUCACCUACUGUUGAGCUUGUUGAUCGAACUGGUGAAAUUUUUGAGGAUGGAUUUUACAAGUCAUCGCCAUUAUACCACUCUCAAUCGUUAACCGAUACCGAUCAACAACAAUUUUCGACUAAUUCUGCAGUAAUCGCCUGUGAAGGUUGGGAAAAUAAAGAUGCUAUGGUUGGACCAACAUGCGAAAAUCUCUGGUCAUUUGUCGAUGAAAUAACAAGGAAAACAAAAGAAUUAAUUGAAAAUGAUGAAUCAAGAACAGCAGAUCUACCACCUAGUAUAAAUCAAAAUGGUAAACACCAUUAUGAGAAUGAAGAUAAUAAUUAUCUACAAAAUAGUGAAGAAAAUUUUGUCGAUGAACACUUUCGAGACGCUAUUUUGUCUCAGGUUGAUGAAAAUUAUCAUAUUUCGCAACAUGACAAUAAAACAAAGGAUGGAAGAACAUUAUUAUCGUUAUUAGAUCAAGCUGAAAAAGUGUUGAAAGAUAAAGUAUCCAUUUAUAAUAAAGUGAUUGAUGAAGAUAACAAUCGUAAUUAUAUAUUAGUGGCCAUUGGUGAAGCAAAUUUAUUAUUUCGUGGAAAAUUAAAACAAUUUCGUGAUUUAUGUAAUCAAAAUUUGACAAAAAAGACGCCUGGCGAACCAAUACCGUUGGAUAGUGAUUUAGAAGGAUUUUGGGAAAUUACGUACCCAUUAAUUGAUAAAUGUAAAUUAAAAUUUGAUCAUAUCAAUGAAAGAAGAUCAAAAAAUUGGAUACAAGUUGAAAAAGAAAUAGAUCCAAAUGAUGUAAAUUGUCGUCCACGUGUACAUCUAGAUGCAAAAAUAAAAUCAAAAAUACCAGCUAAAAAAACGUCGACAACUACUGAUAAUAAGAGUGCAAGAUUAAGACAAAUGAUCGAAGAAAAACGUCGAUUAGCAUCAAUUGAACAUUCAGCAACAAAUGGAAAUUCAACGGAUAUGAUUCAGAUAUUUACAUCCAAACAGUAA